UUCAAUCUGGUGUGAACCGGAUGGUUGCCACUUCUAGUCCUAGAGCUGACUGUUUAGGGUUAGUGUCACGGUGAUUGAUCAAGUUAGCGGCGGCCGUAUGUGUAAAGUAAAGAAGUAAACGAUUCGCGGUUCUGCUAUAUUCCCCAGCUACUGCGCGCGCAUUAUAUUCUCCUCCGCCGGCGUCCUCCAUCACUUUCUGUCUCCCGCCAUGGCGACUGGGAACCGCACCUCGGGUUGGAGCUCCACCUCCAGAAAACGGCAUCAUAUCGAGGUAAACCCUCCUCCGACCACCAUGAUCACUGACCUCGAAGACGAUCUCCUCGUAGAAAUUCUGAUUCGCCUCCCGAACCCAAGGCACUCUUGUCGGAGUAAACGCGUCUGCAAGCGGUGGAGCUCUCUGAUCUCCGACCCCUGCUUCAAUCGCCGUUUCGUUUCACACCAUCAAUGCAGGAACGAAGCGCUUCUGUUUCUUCCCUCGCACGACCCAAAAUCGGUCAUCCGGAGCUUUUUCCCCGUGCCUCCCGAUGAAGUCCCUGAAAAUUUUGGAAUUUUGGAUUCCUUCAAGGACUUGGUAUUGUGCGGGUUUAAGGAUUCAGAUACCAGUGGCAGUGAUUGCUGGCUUGGCAGAUCCUACAUGGUCUGCAAUCCUUUUACAAAGCAAUGGAUUGCCAUUCCUUUAGCGCCUGGAAAGAAACAAGCUAAUACGGGUAGCGGUAUAAUUGCUUCAAGGUUAGUCUGCGAACCCCGUAGUAAUUUCAAUCUAGAUCUGGGAGACGGCAAGACAUUUGUUUAUUCUACUGAAUUUCGAUUCCGGGUGGUGUCUAUAUGGGUGUUUGGGGCAUCUAUGAGAGUAGAUGUGUUCUGUUCAGAGUCCGGAGAAUGGACUAAGGAUGCUUUUGUUGUUCAAGGCGUUGUUUUUAUGGUUCAACAUUCAUCUUUGUGCAACGGGGAGUUGUUUUAUGCAUAUUAUCCCCGGGACCGGACUCGUGUGCUUGGUGCCCUUAAUCCUUUCUUCCUUGACAGACCUCCCAGGACUUAUACAGAUGUUUCUGCAAUGUUAGCAGAAACGUGGGAAGUUAUGGUCUCACAAGGUGCUUUGCAUGUUGCUGAACUUAAACCUCCUGAAACACCUGCUGCUCGUGUCCGUUCUGCGGUCGUUUGGAGAUUGGAAGAAGAUCGCAGGUCCUGGAGGAAACAAUGUGAAGGGUUGGUGAAGAUAUCAUCAAGCAUGGGGGACUACUAUCCACUUAAAAUGCUCAGGAUAUGUGCUUUGCAUCCAGAAAAGCCGGAAAUUGUCUUCUUACGAUAUUGGGAUUCUCACGUCGAGAGUAUCUUCACCUGUGAUUUGAGAAGUGGGGGGGAGUUGGAGUUUGUAGAUCAACUCAACCCGCAUCUACGCGAUUGGAUGGUGUUCCAGCCUAAGGUCUCUGGCUGGCCUACCCCAAUUCCAAGGUACAAGAAAUUUCGAGGUUCAGAUGAUGGAAGCCAUAGUUCUGGGGUUCAGUCAGACAGCAGCACAUCAAUGUGAACUCCCUUAAUAAUUGGUAACCUCUUCUCCUUUUGAGGAAUUACCUUCUGUCCCCUUUUUUGUUUGUGUUUUCUUUCUGGUGUUUCUGUCUCUUUGAGGUUUAGGAAUUCACGAAGCAGGACAAGAAAGUCGGAACAAAAGCUUCCCCUCUAGAGAACAUCCUGCGAGCACAUGAUUAAGUCUAGUCCCUUCACAACAGGAUAAGGCAGCAGUUUUGUGCCUGCUUAUUGACUAGAUACCUCAGUUGACAAACGUAUUUAAGUAGCACAUAGCAUACAAGUCUUUGUAUCUUGUAUAGUCUGCUCGAGAACACACCUAUUGCUUGUAAUCGAACUUUGUAGUCUUCACCUCUCAUCUCCCUUUGUGUUGUGACUGUCUUAAAUGCUGGGUCUAUAGAAGAAUGCCAACAAGUGGAUGGAGUUGAACAAUCCGGGCAUCAGAGGGAAGGCAAGAGAUCAGCAAUAUCACACCCCAGGCUGCGUCUUGUUAAGAAGCAGAAGAUGGUGAUCCCCUAGAUGCCAUUGGAACGAAAUUAUCCAUCUGUGAAUUAAAUUAGUGGCUCUGUAGAAUAGGUUGGUGUUGUUGAUGCACUCCAGGUCGUACCCGACACAGAUGAUGAAACUGUCCUUUGAACAAUUUGGCUGAAGGGCGGGGUUUGGGUGUGUUGGUGGUGAACUUGUGCAACAGAGUGAGGUGAGCAAGAUAAUGGGAAUGGAGAGGAGAACCAAGCAAGACUCGAGGAGCAGUGGAGGCUGCAGUAUCAACAGCUGAUAAGAUGAGGAAUAGGUGUGCAUAUGGUUGGGUGCAGCUUAAUAACCUCCGUUUCAUUGGCUGAAGCUUGCUUCUGCUUUCUGUGUUUGGAAAAAUCAAUAUAUCAAUUCCUUUUAU